UCAGCUGAUUACAGAAGGACCUGAGGACUGUACAGCAGGCUGUCUCUGCCUCUCCUGCUGAACUCAGUCAUUCUGUCAGUUUGUGUGUAAGUGUGUGCGUGCGUGUGCGUGCGUGUGUGUGUGCGUGUGUGUCCAGAGAUGAAGAGGAGACUCUUGCUGGUGUCUAACUCCACCCUGCACGGCAGCAGGUACCUGGAACACUGUCAGCAGCACAUCUCUCACUUCUUCGGAAAAGAUGUAAAGAGGGUCCUGUUUGUUCCUUAUGCUCUCCAUGAUAGAGACGCCUACACCAAGACCGCUAGGGACAAGUUUAAGACUCUUGGUUACGAGGUGGAAAGCAUCCACGAGGCUUCAGACCCCGUUGACGCCGUCCGGAGAGCUGAAGGCAUUUUUAUAGGAGGAGGAAACACUUUCCGGCUGCUGAAGAGUCUCUAUGACAACAAGGUGGUGACAGAGAUAAGGAGGAGGGUUCUUGAGGACGGUGUCCCCUACAUGGGCUCCAGUGCCGGGACCAACGUCGCCACCCUCAGCAUCAACACCACCAACGACAUGCCGAUUGUCUACCCUCCAUCCUUCUCUGCCAUUGGCCUGGUUCCCUUCAACAUCAACCCCCAUUAUCUGGACACAGACCCCAACAGCCGCCACAUGGGGGAGACCAGAGAGCAGAGGAUCACCCAGUUCCAUGAAGAACCUGAUACUCCAUGUGUUCUGGGUUUGAGGGAGGGAUCCCUGUUGCUGGUGGAGGGAAACAAAGCCACACUACUGGGAACCACUAACGCCAGGCUCUUUACCAGGGGACAGUCCACGGUGGAGUACAACCCUGGUUGUGACCUCAGCUUCCUGCUGACAGAUGCACAUUAACCAGUCAGAGGGAAGCCAGAUGUGGAGCUCACUUCCUGUCUAGUCUUCAUUCAUCAUUUCUUUGAUCCGUCCUUCUGAAAAACAAAGCAUGUUCUAUCUAAGGCAAAUUGGCUUCAAUACAAAACUUUCUUUUACAAAUUUAAACCAUCAUGAAUUUAACAAUCGUCAAAGCAUACAAAAAACUACAACUUCCAUGUAAUUGAUCAGUGCUGCAGCAUGGGUACUUCUGUCAUCAUAACUUGGUUUAACAAACACUUUUAUCUAAGCUUUUUAGCUGAUUGGUGGGCUAUCUAUAGAUUUCAUUACAGUCAUUCCUAAGCAAACCACAGACAUACAACUCAUGGGAAAUAGUGUUCGCUACAGGACACUAAAAACAGAAAUACUGAAUUAAUAAUGAUAUUAGAAUAGUUUUAUUUUUGAAAAAUGACUAUCCUUAUUUAAACACAUGGAGUGUACAUGAAGUGCACAGCAUGCAAUUGGGUUAGGCUGUGAUUCAAAACUGCAUUUCUACUUAUUUGCAUAAUUACAAAUGUUGACGUUGUUUUAAAUCAUGUAUCUAUACAUUUCUGGUUGCACCUUGGCUCUAUAUUUCUAGAUGACAAUACUCAGAUGAUUUUUUUGUGGUCAAAAGAAAUAAAUACUUUAAAGAAGCA